AUCAAACAUUGGUUCUAGAGAAAAAGUGUGCAAAUCUUAAAAUGACACUUUUGUACAUGCAGUUAUAUUUUAGUGGCUUAAUCUUCUGGAUGAUACAGAAAUCAAGCUUCUUCAUGCUGCCCAAUACUACUGACCUUCUAUACCCCUCUGGCAGCCCAGACACCAGACACAUUUCUACCCUUGGAGUACCAAAGAUUCGCAGGAAACGCUAUAUUUCUUCCAGGGAGAUGAGCGCCCUUUUGGGCUACCACAAUCAAGUGCGGGCACAAGUUUCUCCUCCAGCUGCCAACAUGGAGUAUAUGGUAUGGGAUGAGAGGCUAGCCAAAUCUGCAGCAGCAUGGGCAAAACAGUGUAUAUGGGAACAUGGACCUCCACAACUGAUGACAUUUAUUGGGCAAAACCUUGCCAUUCACUCUGGCAGGCACCGUUCAGUGGUGGACCUAGUAAAAUCUUGGUAUUAUGAGAAGCAGCACUACUCCUUUCCUUAUCCCUAUGAAUGCAAGCCCAGAUGUCCUUCCAAAUGUAAUGGUUCUGUCUGCAGCCAUUAUACCCAGAUGGUGUGGGCUUCUAGCAACAGAAUUGGCUGUGCUGUCCACACUUGUACCAACAUAAAUGUGUGGGGCAACACAUGGAGGCAAGCAGUCUACUUAGUAUGCAAUUAUGCCAUCAAGGGAAAUUGGAUAGGAGAAGCACCUUACAAAAUGGGGAGACCUUGUUCAGCCUGCCCACCUAGUUAUGGAGGCACCUGCAGCAACAACAUGUGUUAUUUGGGACUCAAAUCCAACAGAGUUGGUUGAUUCUGAAUGUAGUAUGUAUACUGAGCUCUCCACUAUGUUGAGAUUAUGGAAGGAAGAAUUACUGAUGGAGAUGGUAAAAGACUGGGCCAAUAUAUAGCCAACUGUAAAACAGAUGUAUAAUUUUUACUUAUGAAAUCCUAAAUUUCUUUCUCUAGCCAUCCACACCCGCCCCCCGCCCCACUAUCUCCUAUACCUGGAUACAGCUCCAAAUAUAUUUUGACAUUCACACACAUGCUCAAGAGUCAGCAUUUCCCAUAAUUUUACGUAGGGAAUAAAUUCUUAGAUUUUGUUUA